CUGAAGUUCAUAGGGUAAGAUGGAAAACAGUAAGCAGUUACUUGGGUGCUUAUUAACAUCUUAAUUGUCUUUUUCUUCCAAAGAUGAUGCGGUCUAACUUACCCCAUUCUAAUGUGUUAUCCCUCUUGUGUUCACAUAUUUCACUCCCGAUUUUCCCAUAGCCCUGAGGCCUUGAACAAUCACCUGUUGCUUCACGGAUCGUGCUAUCCGUUUGUUCUGAAAAUUCAUUCGAAGAAAUAUCUGGAUGUCACGCCCGAAGACAGGGUCUGACUGUUUUACUGAUGCGCAUGCUCUUUAUUCGGUGGACACUAGCCGCGCAAAGGAUGGUGUUUGGUUGGUAAAAGUGCCGAAAUAUCUGGCAGAACUGUGGCGCAAAUCUGGGCCAGACGGGGAGGGAGGGAAAGUGGUAAUUGCCAGUUCACCUGCACCUGGCCAAGCUGAAGGAAACCGACGACCUGUAGGUUCCCAAGUCACUCUAGUCACUGAUCCGGAUCUCUUGGCACAUGCCGGUGAAACAGGCGACCUCAUACCAAAAGAACAUCAAUUCUUCAUUCAGACUUCCGCGUCGACGUCCUCCGCGGCAAGUGGUCGGCCUGGUCAGUCGUCUCAACGUCGUGUGAGCGCUUUGUCUGGUCAAGAGCUGAUCAUCUUAGCUGAGGACGAUUUGGCGAUGGCUGGUCCAUCUGGCACUGGCACAGUGUGCAAUUCAGAAACAGACACUUCUUCCGCCCGUCCGUCCUCGCCUUUUUCCAAUUCCUCGUCCGCCCGUUACUCCCGGCGUCUUUCCUUAUUUGGACGAGUGAAUAGCCGAGCUGAAUGCAGACCGCCUCCAAAUACGCGGUACAUGAUGCUAAAGGCACAACAGAUGAAAGAAAUCAAUCGCCCGAAGCAUGAAGUUCGACUUUUAUACGAACCUGUUAGAAACUACAAACCGGUUGCCAAUCAUAUAAGCAAUAUUGAAUACGAAGCUAGAAAGCGUGCAGAAGGAAAGAACUUGCGGCGUGAAAAAGAUGAUGUGAUGCAAGACCUAUUCAAAGCUUUCGAACGACAUCAGUACUACACAAUCCGUGACUUAAUCCUGUUGACCAAGCAGCCAGUGACUUCCGAGGACCAGCCGAACGAAUCAAGUGGAACAGCUUACGAACGUUUCCAGAAUUCUUUGCAACUUCCAUUUCUUCUGCCUUUGGGGUCCACCAAGCAUCUCGGUCUGUGCGGACACUCAGUUUCACCUGGCGUCGGAUGGUGCGUCGGGUGGAGUCGUGGUGGCGGCCAGGAGGAACCUGCCACCGAGUCUCCAGCAAAGACACGGUUCUAUCAGGGAUCCAAUACUUGGAUGAAUUCAUUUCUACCGACUGAGUCUUUGAAUCAGUCGGACCUCAUGCCCAUUGUUCCCUACAAGUUGCGAAAGAAACCUGUCAUCAUUAUUUCAUCGAAUACUCCUCACUGUUCAUUAAGUUGUCCCCAUUUCGCGGAAUCUCCACUACCCGCAAAUCCCCCAGUCACAUGCCCCAUUCUGACUGUUGUUUGCACUCCUUUUUUCAAUCUGACCCCUGUUUUAGGUCUAAUGACGCAAGAUGAGUUGGACGUUUAUAUGGCAACCCCUCCGAAAGAAUACACUCUGUACUUCGUUCCUCUGGUUUGGGCGAUGGAUAUCAUCACAAAGGCACGUCGUGAAGGCCAUAUUCGAAUGGACCGCGCUGUUGAAAUUUUGUCGGAAGAAAUCACCUCUUUCCGUGGUAGACUGGGAACCAUUUUUGGGUAUGAUUGGAUCAAUCCACCUUUGGUUUAUACGCAGACGGCCACAAUCGUUGUCUACGCGUAUUUCACCUCCUGCCUUCUGGCUUGGCAGUAUCUGGACCCAAGCAAAGCAUAUCCGGGCUAUGAGGUGGACAUUUACGUGCCUAUUUUCGGUUUGUUGCGGUUCUUCUUCUACAUGGGCUGGCUAAAAGUUGCUGAAUCUCUCAUCAACCCAUUUGGGGAGGAUGUCGAUGAUUUUGAGAUUGAAUAUCUGAUCGAAAGAAAUCUUAAUGUAUCUUAUUUGAUCGUUGAUGAAAUGCACCAUGAUCAUCCGGACUUGGUACGGGAUGCUUUCUGGGAUGCCACGUGCCUUAGCUCACCUGAAUGGCCGAAAGGAGCCGGUGACAUGGCAGAGGAGGAUAUGUCUAACAUCACUGGCACUGAUGGUGACCGGUUUAUCGGCUCAUUAGCACAUUUCGAUGUGACUGGUCGGAAGACGAGCUCCGCUUUUUGGCGACACGCAAGCAUAUCCAAACCGUUCGCUUCAACUUCCAAUUUGGGAAAAGUAUCUCAACUGUGACUGGGUUUCAAGGUGUCACUUAUCCAGCUCAAUUCCGUCACUUGUUCCCACCGACAAGCCCGUUGUCGUCAAUCGCUCACCACUGCUCCAUCCAUCUUGCACACCGCAUUUGUGUGAUCCCACCGAACACUGGCAUUCCUCUGCGAUAUAGUCAAUAUUCCUCCGGCAUUUGUAUACCUUGCACUUGAG